AUGGAGGAAAUUUACUAAGGCUAAGAAAUCUAUGAAGAUGAAGAUAGGGAUGUUAUACAAGAAGCCAUAAAGGCAAAGAAAGAGAAAUUUAGGAUAUAGAUUAGGUAAUCUAAGAAUAAACAGCUGAUAUAGCAAAAGAGAAUGAAAUUAUUAAAUGGUUAGUAGCAUUAACCAAAAAAUUAUUAUGAAGUAGAUAAAUAAGAUAAUCAAGGAUUUAAAAAUAACAAUAAAGAAUAUGAAAUUUAACUAUCACUAUUAAAGGAAAAUAUCAAAAUUUUGCUUUCGCUCAAUUAGCAUUCAAAACAAUAAGCCCAAGUAGCUGUUGAUAGUUUGAUAGCUUAUUUAUUAGAUGGAUCUUAUAACUAAGAUAUUGAAUAGCUAACACAAAUAUCAAGUACAAUAUAAUAUUUAAUAGUCUUAGGAUAAUAGCCAAAUUGUGAUUUUAAUGACUAAGAGCUUGCUAAAAGUGCAUUAGCUCUUCUCCUUAAUAUUACAUAUUAUUGCGAUUAACAGCAAAUGAAAUACUUUUCUAAUUAAGACAUUAUGAAUUCCUUACUUUAGCUAUUAUACUCAGAAAGCAUGCAGAUAAGAGAAUAUUGUUUAACAACAAUUAACAAUAUUAUCCAAGAAGAUGUAGAUAAUAUCAAGUUUCUAAUGGAAAGAUUUAUUGCACAAGAAAUUAUAAGCCUUGUUACUACAUAUCCAAUCUCAAAUGAAAUUGUUUUAGAUCUUUCUUCAAUAAUAAAAUAAAUUGUCAUUCAAAGCAGUAUUGUAUAUUCUGAGGCCACUGAAUUUUUAAUCCCUAUUGAUGAGUUAAUUGAGAUUCAUUUGUCUUCAUAAUUAAAUGAAGAAUCAGAUAACACAGCUUUAAAUAAUUUAUUAGAAAGUAUUUAUACUAUUUUGAACAAAGAAGAUUCUGAAGAUAUUUAUGAGAAUUUCGUUUUAGAAUAUUAAAGAUUAUUAGCAAAUAUGAUUGAAAUAGUUAAACAGAUAUAGUUAAAUUAAAAAUUUAAUAGCAUUGCUAUUAAUAUAUCAUAAAUAUUUGGCUUACUUUUAUCAGGAAACAUCAAAACUACAUAAAUUUUAGUGCAAAAUGAUAUUUUUGAGUCUUUAAAAAUAUUAAUCAAGCAUCCAAAAAAAGAGGUUAGAUCAGAAUCUAUGUGGGCUGUUUCAAAUUUAUUUGUUUUUUCUAAUGUUGAAGGGCUAAAAGAGUAUUUAAGUGAUUUAAUUUUCUGGGAAUCUAUUUUAGAUUCUGCUUUCUAAGAUCAUAAAAGUGUAAGAAAAUGGGCUUACGUUUCUAUAUUAAAUGCAUUAAUAAUAAACGACAUAGAGUUCAUAGAAAUUAUUUUGGAAAGAUUUCCUGAAUCAGAUUUAAUAAAAUUUAUAUUUGAAAAAAUUGAAGAUAAAGAUUAUCAAAAUGUUUUGGUAUCUUUACUUGAAGCAGUUAAAUCUUUAAUAAGUUAUGGUGAAUAUUGUUAAAAUUAAAACAAUUACGAAGAAAACCACAUAUUAUCUCUUAUAUAAAGAAUUAACUCAAAACAAAUUAUUUAGUAGAUUCAAAAUAACCCAGAUAACGACUUGUAUAGUGUUUCUUCAUAUUUGCUGGAUAAAAUUUAAUGA